AUUUAACAGUUUAGAUCAUAAUUCAUCCAAAAUAUCUCCAUAAACUCUCAUAGUCUUAUCAUCCGAUUAGCUGUGCAAGACUCCAUACCUUUUCGCGCGGGCCCUGAUGAAGCUGAUAUGAAAAUUUUCCUAUUUUCCAGUGAUUUUGUUGAGGUUUUUGGCCUGAGGGACUCUUAGAUUCGGGAAUACGAAUAUGCGCGCCGUCGAAAGAGAAGAUUCUUUUCAGUAAUUCGCAUCUCCUUUUUCUAAUUCCCUUUCUCCACCAUUUUCCAGCCCCCAAAAUUCCCCUUAAUCUCCCCGCCGCGGCAUCUCAAUAUAUUCCUCCUCUUCUUCAGGUUUUCUCUUCUUCCCACUAUGAUCAUAUCCAGUUCAACAUAGGAGUUUGCACUGGACACGGUUAUUUUGUUCAAUGCCGGCAGAUUCUUGCUGGCAUUGAGAAUGAUUCAGCUUAUUACUGAAACUCUGAUGGGUAUCCAGAAUAAAUCAAACUCUAGUAGAGCCCUUGAAGGUCUGCAUGGGGUUACUAUCGUGCCUGAUUCGCAAUUGGUGUUGGAAAAGACUACACAAGAUGAGUUUUCUCAGUUGAGUUGUGGAAAUUCAGCUAUAAGUGUGAAUCAGCCAUUGCUAAAGCAAUGGGUAUGGGAGCAAAGACCAUCCUGUUUGAGACCUGUUGGGGGUUGUAUACAAGGUGAUCGGAAUUUGGCAGAGAGGGUGGCUAAUGUGCUUACCUCACUUCCUUUCAUUGCUCUUGGAAUCCAGGCACCUAGGAGGAAUUUCCCAAUGAAGCUAUAUGCUAAUUCAUUGAUUGGAGUAGGAGUUGCCUCAAGUUUAUAUCAUUCUUCCAGGGGAAAAGUGAGACAAUACCUAAGAUGGGCGGACUACACAAUGAUAGCCGCAGCCACGGUGUGUCUGACAGGAGCUCUAAAAAACGAUAACCCAAAGUUGUUGAUGGCUGCAUCUGCACUUCUAUUGCCUUUGAGGCCCUUUACGGUUUCUGCUCUUCACACUGGGAUGAUGGAGGUAAUAUUUGCAAAAAGAGCUUUGAAGGAUCCAGAUUUAAGGAUGGCUCACAACGUGCAUAAAAUGUCAACAUUGUUAGGUGGUGUUCUUUUUAUUGCUGAUGAUGCUUUGCCCCAAACUCCAUUCAUUCAUGCAGCUUGGCAUCUUGCUGCUGCUGUAGGUGUUGGAACAUGCAAUAAGCUUCUUGAGUAAUUGUUCUCAAGACAAACACAAAUUCGUCGACAUUUCAGUCUUGCUUUCUUGGAGAACAGCAUUGUACACAAGGAAGAUUCUUGGUUGAUCGUUAUGUAUUUGUCAUCGAGGUCCGAUCAACAAUCACUCUAUUAGAUUAGUUCCUCGCUCAAAUUCUUGUUACCUUGGAACUUCAACUAAUUCAGGAGUCAGCAAGAAUAGCUCUCUGUAAUAGUCUUUGUUGAAAAGGGGUGAUAUUAUCGCCACUGUUUAUGAUUAAUGAAGAAAUAGAACAGAAAAAAAAAUUAGUUUGAUUAGAGGAGGAAUAUUUAUUGGGUUAUCAUGAGCUUGCUCCAAAUAAAAAUGAAGGUUGCAAG